AUGAAAGCAUUGCAAAAUGGCCUCUUUUCUGCUUCUUCUUUGAACCUUGAUAUUGAUAAGCCAAAUUCUUCUCUUACUGAAGCUGGAAUAUCAAGUUCAAACCCUACAAAUAAUCGUAAAAAACGUAAAAAUAAAAGCAAUAGUAGUAACAGAAUUAAUAAAAGUCACACGACUUACUUCUUUUCUCGAGAUCCUAAUAACAAUGAUAUUGCUUAUUGCAUGAUAUGUAAAAAUCUUGCUAAUAUCACUAAAGAGUCUUAUCCUUAUAAUCAUAAAGGAAGUACAGCUACAAACAUGGCUAGUCACUUACAGAAAAAACAUGGCAUAAUAAAACAAAAUUAUCGAAU